UUGCUUCGCUCCGCCCCGCCGUCCCGGAGUCCCAGCCGGUUCCUACCGCAGUCCCGCAGUCGCCCGGCUCCUCUUUCCUUUCAAAAUGACAGAUGCCGCUGUGUCCUUCGCCAAGGACUUCCUGGCGGGUGGAGUGGCCGCGGCCAUCUCCAAGACCGCGGUAGCGCCCAUCGAGCGGGUCAAGCUGCUGCUGCAGGUUCAGCACGCCAGCAAGCAGAUCACCGCAGACAAGCAGUACAAGGGCAUAAUCGACUGCGUGGUUCGCAUCCCCAAGGAGCAGGGAGUCCUGUCCUUCUGGCGCGGUAACCUGGCCAAUGUCAUCAGAUACUUCCCCACCCAAGCUCUCAACUUCGCCUUCAAAGAUAAAUACAAGCAGAUCUUCCUGGGCGGUGUGGACAAGAGAACCCAGUUUUGGCGCUACUUCGCUGGAAACCUGGCCUCGGGCGGCGCCGCUGGGGCCACGUCCUUGUGUUUUGUGUACCCUCUGGAUUUUGCCCGUACCCGUUUAGCGGCCGAUGUGGGCAAAGCUGGGGCUGAAAGGGAAUUCCGAGGCCUUGGCGACUGCCUGGUUAAGAUCUACAAAUCUGAUGGGAUUAGGGGCCUGUACCAAGGCUUUAACGUGUCGGUGCAGGGCAUUAUCAUCUACAGAGCUGCCUACUUCGGUAUCUAUGAUACUGCAAAAGGAAUGCUUCCGGAUCCCAAGAACACUCACAUCUUCAUCAGCUGGAUGAUCGCCCAGUCUGUCACAGCGGUCGCUGGGUUGACUUCCUAUCCCUUUGACACUGUUCGGCGCCGAAUGAUGAUGCAGUCAGGGCGCAAAGGAACCGACAUCAUGUACACGGGCACGGUGGACUGCUGGAGGAAGAUUGCCCGAGAUGAAGGAGCCAAAGCUUUUUUCAAGGGGGCGUGGUCCAAUGUUCUCAGAGGCAUGGGUGGUGCUUUUGUGCUCGUCUUGUACGAUGAAAUCAAGAAGUUCACAUGAGUUAUUUCCUAGUUUGCUCCCCCUGUGAACAGGCAUGUUGUAUCAUAUAACAUAUCUUGAGCAUUCUUGACAGACUGUCGGCUGUCUAUCAAUGGCAACUAUUGACUGGUUGAAAAUGGGAAGCAAUAAUAUUCAUCCGACCAGGUUUCUCUGAAAGCCAUUUCCACGAUGACGGGACUCAAUUCAAUUUUUUAUUUCAGUCACUCCUGAUAAAUUUGAAAAAAUAAAAAACUAUCUGAAACCUA